CGUUUGUUUUGGUCAGAAACCUUACCAAUUCCUUCAUUUGAAACAUAUAUAUAUAUAUUUCUCCUUCUCAAGAGAAUCAUACCGGAUUGCUGAAUUACAUAACAUUUGUUUUGGUUGUUAUCAUCAUCAUCAUCUUGAUUGCAACUAACAUAUUCACAAGCAGAAUUACAACCCAGAGAGGCCGGAUAGACAGAGCUGAGCGUCCUGUUGGGCUGACACUACCAUGUUUAUCUUCUAUGAUCAAAUGUAAUGCAGCGAAACUCAGAAUACCUUUAAGGUAUAGGUGGACUAAAAGCCAAGGCUCCUGCUAACUGCAUGAGUUCUUCAGUUCAGUGAUCUACUUGGUGAAGUCAGAGGAGCACCACCUAUUGGUUAACAACCACCAAUUCUAGCCAAUAGUUAUCUACCCCAGGGGGUGGAUAGAAUGCCCAAAAUAAUGAUUAGACGCAACCUUAAUUGGUGUCAUCACUGUGAAAACAUAUUUUUUAUGUUUACUGUAACCCAGAACAUUUGUUUAAAUGUUAUAAUUGACAAUAUACACUAUGUUUAACAAACUUAAAAUGGUAAAUUCUGGGAACUUCUAUGAUGAUAAACUACAGCCUACAGACUAAUAUCUUAUCAUUCUCUCUCUCAAACCAAAUGUAAGAGUGGAAAAUCAGUGGUUGGUGGUAAGAAAAAAAUAAUAUUUUGUCAUUUUAUGCAGCUAUAGCUCUCACACCAUGUCCCGCCCCUAAUCACAAAUUACUUUCAUCUAAAGACGUAGUUCUUCCUUCAUGGACUGGCAGUGUGUAUCUAAACACAGAAUGGUACACAUAUAUUUAUCAGCUCUUGUCAUCUACGGCUUGUGUCUGACCCCUGUUGUGUCUGCCUCUCCUCCUCCCUCAGUGGUAGCCCAACCUGGAGAUAAUGUUACUUUUCACUGCACGGAUGUCACUGGUGCUCCAGGACAUGUUGGCUGGUUCAAGCAAGACAAUGGCUCAGAGCCCCUAUGCAUCGCAUCUAUGUACAGUUCUGAGCCAACUGUCCAACAUCAUAAUGGUUUUCAGCCCAGCCAUAUGGAAAUGUUCAUCAGCCAUAGAAACAUUUUCCUCAAAAUCACAGAGGUGGAUGAAGCUGAUUCUGGUGUUUACUUCUGUGGGAUGUUUGAUAAAUACAUAAUCUUCACCAAUGCGACUGUCCUGAAGGUCCAAGGUCGCAACAUUUCAGAAAAGGACCUUACAGAGAACUGUGAAGAAGGAAUGUACCUCAUUCCAUUGGUUGUGAUCCUGGGUGUUGUAACUGCGGCACUACCUAUAGUCUUCCUCAUCCUGGUCCUCAAGAUCAGACGAGACACAAAAAGACACAACACAGGAACUGAUUCUCAACGACAACCACAAAGUGAUCAGAUACAAGAUCCAGAUACAUUGAAUUAUGCCGCCCUGAAUUUCACCUCCAAGAAGAGGAAGAUGGAGAGGAGAAGAGAGAAGGAGCUGGACCCCCAUGUAGUGUAUGCUGCUACAAGAUGAUAAAGUGGAGGAGGAUGGAAGAGGAGGACAAUUGGUUGGCCAUAUCUUUUUAUAUAAGUUCAAAUCUUGCUAUAUUGUAUCUGUAUAGUUAAGUUAGGUCAGUGCUAUAGAGUGUGGUUAGAGAGGAGGAGUUAGAAGUAAAAACACAACUGUUUAAGAGCCACAGAGUAGUUGCCUUUUUUGGCCUCUCUUAACUUAGAUCUCUGUUGUGUGUGUUGGUGAUUAUUAAUUUUUUUAUAGGGUGACCCUGAGGGACAAAGUACCCAGCAGUAGACAACUGUAUUAUACUGAUCACUUCUAAAGAUAAAUAAACAGUUCAACCAAAAUAGCCUUUGUCAUGAUGUUAUUCGUCAAUUAGCAUUUCCUCUCUUGGCUUUGCACUGAUCACAGCCCCCUAUUUCGAGAAGCACCUUUUAAGGAGAAUAUGAUUGGGGUCUGAGUUAGAGGAGGGGCAAGGGAGGAACACAUCACUUCCUGUAGUUUGAGUGAGAAGAAGAAGUAGCUCAGUGUAGAGUGAAACCUGCUGAGGUGAACAUCACUGGGCCUCUCAUAGACUGAGCAAUGAGAUGGCUAUUAUGUCUCUUUCUCUGUCGCUCUCUCUCUCUCUCUGAGUAUGUUUUGCCAGAUUUACUGUCCACCUGCCAACCGAGUGUUGUUGGUGAAGCAUCUAAUCUUUGAAUCUCUUUUUAAAAAAUGGGCAAAAUAUUUAGGUGUGUGUCACAGGUGUGACUGAUUGCCUCACUAAAUAUCCCUUUUAACCCCUGUUUCUGUUUGUUUGAGGUACGGCCGCCCACAGGAAUUGAGGCAGUCCAGGGGCAUGGUGGAUCCCUUUGUUGGCUGAGAGAGCAUGCGUUUGUUGAGAUCAUACAGAGGACUUUCAGUUGAAGCAAUGGUACUAAAGAGAGAAUAUGUUUUCAGGGCUUCACCACUUCCUGUGUCACUUUCUGUUUGUUUUGUUUUUUCAAUUUUGUGUUUUGUUUGUGAUUUAGAAAUUUAGAAAACAACGAUGAAAGGGAACGUGUGACCACCGCUAUUCCCUAUUAAAAAGUGUUGUUUGUUGAAA